AUGACCGAAAUGAAGGACAAAGUUGCGGCCUUUGUGGGGCCUGAUGAGAGCUGUGCCAGCGAGGCGCUGGUGGCAGCUGCCUGGAAUAAGGCACUUAUUUCAUAUAAGUGCAUCGAUCAAAAUCUCACCAACAAGACCGUCUACCCGACUUUUGCGCGAACACUGCCGCCGAGCUCAAAGAUAUCCAAGUCGGUCAUUUCACUGCUGAAGCACUUUCUCUGGAGCAAGGUGGUGCUCAUCGUCUCCGAGAACCCGACCAACAAGCAGAUGGAGGAGUCGCUGGUGGCGCUCGCCUCGCUGAACGACAUUCAGAUCACCUCGGCGCACUACCUGCCGGGCGUCUUUCUCAGCAAGUUCGAGAAGGACAUUGAGGAGAUCAUCGAGAAGACGUACGACAAGACCAGAGUGUACAUUCUGCUGACGGAGACCUUCGCCAUGUCGAUGUUCAUGAGCGCCAUGGAGCGCGGCCGGCGGCGGCUGCUGAGCAGUGGCCUGUACACGGUGAUCGCCGUCGAGGAGGAGAUGCCCUUCUCGGCGACCGAGGGCACCUACCUCAGCAAGCAACAUCUGACGCAGCGGACGGCCAGUCAGACGCUCGAUCUGCGCGGCCUGCUGGUCAUCGCCUCGACGCCGCCCUCCAACCUCAACUACAGCGACUUCAAGCGGGAGGUCAAUCGGCGCAGUCACAUCAAGCCAUUUCGCAUUCCCUACCAUCGGAGCAUCGCCAUCAAGGUGCCCGUCUUUGCCGGUUUCGCCUACGACUCGGUGGUGAUCCUCGCGAAGGCCUUCCACAAGGUGCUCCAGAACGGCGGAGAUGUGAACAGUGGGAAGCAGGUCAUUGAGGCGAUGAAGAAUCUUAGUUUUAAAAGCAUUCUAGGAUUCAACUUGCACAUUGACCAAAAUGGAGAGACUGAAGGCAACUACACCCUGCUGACGAUGGAGAUCAAGAAUGGCUCCAUUGAAAUGCAAAUGGUAGGCGUUUUUCAGCAGACGGAACACCAAAUACCGGUGCUCAAUUUGGCGCAAGACCUACUGUUCUACGGGAAUGGGCCGCACUACCACUACGAGUACAAGCUGACGAGGCUACUGUGGAAGGUCGAGCUGAAGGACCUCGUGGUGAUCAACACCAACUCAGAGGCUGCAUUGCAGAACAUUAGAAACACAAUCAAUAUUCCGGGCGUCAAGCGAAUCAGCGCCUUCUCCAAUGGCACCAUGAGCAAGGCCGAGCUGUCGGAGAACUCUCCCUUGAGUGAUCUGUUUGAGCAGCGGAACUUUGGCAUUGGCGUCUACAAGGGCAGUGUUGUCUUCAUCAAGCGAAUCUUCAAGAAGUCCAUUGAUUUGACGCGCAACGUUCGUAAAGAGUUGAUACAGAUGCGAGAAAUGCGCCACGAGAACAUCAACUCCUUCAUAGGGGCCAGCAUUGACGCACCGAACAUCUUUCUCCUUUCCGUGUACUGUGCUCGCGGCAGUUUAGAGGACGUUAUUAAGAAUAAAGAUCUGGAGCUGGACAACAUGUUCGUCGCCUCGCUGGUGGCUGACCUCAUUAAGGGAAUGAUUUAUCUGCACGACUCGGAAAUCGGCUCUCACGGGAACCUUAAGCCGUCGAACUGUCUGAUUGACAGCCGAUGGGUGCUGCAGAUCUCCGACUAUGGACUGCACGAGUUCAAGUCGGGCCAGGAUAUGCCGCACGAUCCCGAUGAGAUGAACCUUCUGUGGCGUGCACCGGAACUGCUGCGAAGUCCCAACUUUCAGUCAAAGGGCACCCCCAAAGGCGAUGUCUACUCUUUUGCGCUCAUUCUCUUUGAAAUCAUUUCACGGAGGAAUCCAUUUGAGGGUGUUAAUUUGCACAGCAGGGAAAUUCUGCAUCGUAUCGUCAAUCCUCAGCUUCACGGGCAGCCGUUCAGGCCAAAUGUGGAGAAGCUCAAGUGUCCGCUGUACAUGUCAAAGUGUAUUGAAGAAUGCUGGAAAGAGGAGCCCGAAGAAAGGCCUGACUUUCGCUUUAUCAACAUUCGCCUGCGAGAAAUGCAGUCUGGACUAAAUCCAAACAUUUUUGACAAUCUUUUACUCAAGUACUCUCUAAACUUGGAAUCACUCGUUCAAGAGCGAACCAAGCAGCUGUUGGAGGAGAAGAAAAAGACGGAGAAUCUGCUUCUACGAAUGCUGCCCAAAUCAGCUGCUGAACAGCUGAAACGAGGGCAGCCAGUCGAGGCGGAAUACUUUGAAUCUGUGACAAUUUAUUUCAGUGAUAUCGUCGGCUUUACUGAACUGUCAGCUAUGAGCACUCCAAUUCAGGUGGUCAAUCUGCUGAACGACCUGUACACCUGCUUUGACUCAAUCAUCGGCAACUACGACGUUUACAAGGUGGAGACAAUAGGCGACGCCUACAUGGUCGUUUCAGGACUGCCAAUUCGAAACGGCGAGAAGCACGCCGGCCAGAUCGCCUCUAUGGCCAUUCAUCUGCUGAAGGAGAUAUUCAACUUUGAAAUCGCCCACCGACCCGGGGAGUACCUGAAGUUGCGCAUUGGCAUUCACUCGGGGCCCUGUGUGGCCGGCGUGGUCGGCCUGAAGAUGCCCCGGUACUGUCUGUUUGGUGACACUGUCAACGUCGCCUCGAGGAUGGAGUCGACGGGAGAACAACACAAAAUUCACGUCAGCUACUCGUGCAAACAGAUACUGGACAAGCUGGGCGGGUACCGACUCGAGGAACGCGAAGGACUAGUCUCCAUCAAGGGCAAGGGCCAGUUCAGCACCUACUGGCUCAUCUGCGAGGACGCCAGCGUGGCCAGCACCAGCAC